AUGAAGAAUGUCACACUUGUUCUUGCUAUGAUCCUCUUCUUAAGCUGUGUCACAUCCAAAGUCACAGCAACAGAACUAGAGUCAUCAACUAACCAAGAGCUCUUCCGGUCGCGGCACGUACCUCGCUUUCACCCCAAGCCACAUUGGCCGUUCCGUGGCUCCGGAAAAGCCUUCCCUGCAAGCCACUUCCGACCAACUCCGUUCCAUCUGCCACAGGAAGUCACCAGAUGCUUGUCCGACAAGAAGGAGGUAGGUACAUGUUUUGAUGAUAUCACUGAGACUUUCUUCACCAGGAAAGCCGUGAUUGGAUCGGAAUGUUGCGCAGCGAUCAAGAAGAUGAACAAAGAUUGUGAGAAGACCGUCUUUGGAUCUUUCCAUGACCCCUUCUUGACCGGCUAUGUCAAGCUACAUUGCUCCACCGUUGUUGGAUCUACUUCACCUCCUCCUUCACAUGCUCCUUCUUCACAGGCUCCUUUACAUGCUCCUUCACAGGCUCCAUUACAUGCUCCUUCACAGGCUCCUUUACAUGCUCCUUUACUGCCCCCUUCACAGGCUCCUUCACCGGCUCAGUGA